AUGGAAGAUGUGUUUGCACAGGAGGAGGGGGAUACAAUUAAUGACACACAGUUAGGAGUAUCUAACCUGGUCAUUGUGCACUCUACUGGUGUUUACUCACACAGUGUAUCAUGGUGCCAGUGUCCUGGAGCUGAGAAGGCAUGGCAUCUCCAUCUCAUGAAAGCAAGGUUAUUUCCUGCCAGUAUCACUCGCCCUCAAUCUGCUUUCACAUUCGAUGUCCUGGAUAACUUCCUCAUAGACUCUUUGGAGUGCAAGACUUCAGCCAUGAGUUUCUAUCAAAAGCUCCGUCAGUUCACAAACAAUGCAUUCCCUGAUAAAAUACCGGAUAAAAAGGACCGAUACCGUGAGCUUAUGCGAGUGUCACGUAUAUGGUGGGAUUUGGUCAAUAGAAAAAGGUUCAGGUUUGGACAUGACAUGGAACGAUCCCCUGGUCCAGGGGAUUUAGCCCUUUAUUGCCCAGCAUGUCCACAACCUGGAAUCAACUUGCCAACAUCUUGGAGAUAUGACUAUGAAGAGUGGUUAGUUAUGCGAAGAUAUGUGGUCGAUGGAAAUUUCACAGUACAACAUAUGAAAAUGAAAAUUCCAGAAGAUGAUGUUUCUCUAGCAGAUGGAAAGGGAUACAUGUGGUGGACUUCCAAAAGGGAGAGCAUCAGGCACAUGAACAUGGACUAUUCCAUUUGCAAUGCAGUUAAAUAUACACCUGAACAUAUUGGCAGUAUGCUCAUCAUCUAUGAUGUUGCAUGUCAGUGGAGUAUUCACUUUGCUGAAUGGGUGGACCAGAGCUAUCAUCUGGCCCUUCCCAAGGGGACCGAAAUAUUACCUGCAGUUGGCAAGUUUCAUUUGAGCGCACAUAAGCUUCAAUGCUUUCCUAGGUUCAGCCUGAAUUUUGUGACCAGGGCUGGGCAUAUUGAUGGGGAAAUAUUGGAGACACUCUGGGCUCCUUUCAACAAGAUUUCCCCUACUGCAAGAUCCAUGUCUUUGGCUCACCGAAAGGAAGUAUUGGAUGACCAUAUGCGGGAUUCCAAUUGGAAGAAGCUGUCAUUACUCAAAAAGUAUUGUCAUGCCCUACAGGGUGAGUGGAAAAAGGCAGCCGAAAAAGCAGCUCAGGACUGUGGAGAGCUUCUUGACAUCUAUCAGCUUAAAAUGGACAAAGCACCCUCUAUGGCUGAAAUACAUCUCAGAUUGACUGAAAAUGAACUAUCUGCUAAUGGUAGGACUGGGUCUGUUGCAUGGUUGAUCAAGGGUAUAAAUAUAGAAAAUUCUCAGCAGCUGCCCCAGGAUCCAACUGCUUCUCAGAGAACCGGGAUAGAAGAAAAAAGGCAAAAGCUCAUGGCACAGAUUAUUAAGUUCCAUGAGGCUGCAGAGGUCAUGACUAAUGGUAUGGAAUUGAAGGGAGGUGAAGGAGCACCACUGGACAACCCUGAACUGUGCCUGGAGGAGGCUGAUAUAUCCAAUAUGGAAGAUCCAGAGGAAGAGGACACUUUGGACUUUGACGAGAAAAUACACUCCAACAAAUUGGUCCAUUACCAGGGCACUAGAUCUAAAAAGGAACUUCAAACAAUAACUCUCUCCAUCAACAGACAUGCAAGAGGUUACAGCCGGGCAAGGGCUGCAAUGCUCUGCCUAGGGGCUGACUCUGAUACAGUGGCAGUGUAUCAACCCCUAAAGCCUCAGGACCUAGUGGUGAGCAAAGAAGUUACAGAAGAAAACAGGCAUGGGCAGGGUUCAGAUAAAUUGGCUUGGUUUUGGAGGAUCAACAAUGCAGAGGACAGUCAGAAGAACGUAUGGAUGAAUGAGUUUUAUCGUGUGAAUUGGUUGAAAGCUAAAGCACGGUAUGACUGUUGGUCAGAAGAACUGAAAUUGGUACAACAUGAAAUGUUUUGGACCAUAUCCUGGUUUCGAACACAGGAGGAGAGGUGGAGAGUUCGGGCAGAUGAAAGCAUCAAGAAUGGGAAUAGGGCAUAUGCUGAGAGGCAGGCAUCUAUGUGGGCAGAAUUUUCAGCUCAGGGCCUCAAGAAUUUUGAAGGAAAAUUACUUAUAACAAGUUGA